AUGAAUUAUGGUGAUACAAAAUUGGGUGGUACUUCAAUUAUUGGUAAUGAGAGAUCAUCUAGACUAGAUUAUAUGGAUUGUGGACAUUUAAAGCAACAUUGUAGUCCUUCAGUAGAUGGUAAUGAGCAACCAGUAGAAUUGAAUGAAAUGGAUCGUGAUCAUAGAGAUGUGCAUUAUUCUACAACAGCUUUAGUGGUUCCACCACCUGUGUCUUUAAGUCAUAAGGGAGAGUUGACUAUGCCUGAUUUGACUGAAAAAGAGAUUUUUACACUUGAGUGUGCUAAGAAGUUGCUAAAAAAUGGGGAUGAAUGGCCCGCUUACAAGGCUGAGAGACAUGCGUUUGCUCUUGUGGAGAGAAAAAUCCAGUUACUACUGUUAUCACAAUAUGGUUCUGGCUCGGCAAUCUGGUUAGAGAAGGAAACCAUUCUAAACAUGUUUUCCAUUGAAGAACAGAUAAACCAACAUCACGCCGAGAGUGUCACUGAGAGUAUUUAUUCUGACAAACUUCUGGAGGUCUACCAGUGUCUUUGCUCUUCAGGUGAGGCCCUAAAAGCUUCUGCUAGUCCUUCAGUUCAAGCAUUUUGUUUCCAGAGAUGGUUUUUAUCGUUAAGAGCUAAGGUUUUAGGAACUGUGGGGAGCAUACUGAAGCUGUUGCCAAACAUUUCAUAUUUUAUUAGUAUUGACUAUGGUAAGCUUGGGAUAAACGAUACCGUUGUCAUCCAUCAAAUCAUGAACAAAUUUAGUAAAUUAUCUUUAACGUUAGAGAGACUGUCCCAUGAAUUUGAUCUCAUUGGAACAACUUUUAUUGGAAUGGACACCAAGAGUUCGAACAUUAUUUCAGCCCUUGCACUGAAUUGCUCUCUGUUGGCCUUUUGUAUUGGUUUUGCCUGUCAUGUUCCAAACUUGGCUACAACUCUAAUGACUGAAAAUGUGGAUGAUUUCAGAACUAAAUCACAUGCAAUUCUCAUUCAAAAUCUGAUUGGCAGGCUGUGGUUGGUAGAUGAUGAAACAAGUAGAAUGCUUGCACAACUUUUCGAAAUCAAUGGAGGACUGAAUAACUGCUUGCAAUUGGUUUCAAGAGGACAAAUAUUAGAUGUGGGGUACGAAGUAAGAGGUAUCUUGACUCUCUGUAGGUAUGAUGUUUCUGAGUUCAUCCGUUUGCAAAGCAAGUCAAACAGAGUGGAUGAGGGGACAUUUCCCCAGGUUAUCGGGGAUGGUGUGCGGUUUUUAUCAAAUAUUCUUACACAAUGUAUAAGAAUUCCAUUACGAGUGCCCAAGUGCUUCUUUUGUGUAAGGCCUUGCAUUGGGUCUCAUCUAUUUGCCACUACCGAUGCUCGUAAACUGGAUGAAAUAUCUAUCCCAUUCGGCUUCCAACUAUCGUUAAAUAUUUGUCUUCAACUCAAAAACAUUGCGUCAAACAUGCCAGUUCAAAUCACCAAGAUGUAUUGCAUUUUGUAUUGUGAUUUAUCCUUCCAGAAACUCAAGCACAAUGGUAAGAACAUGCAAAAACAUCAGGUCUAUGAAGCUUGGGAAAACGGCGACAUUGUAGAAAUGCACAACAAACUGUUGCAUUACAGUUUGUCGUAUCAGAAAAAUCAUUCACUAAUCCAAUUGAAUGUUGAUGCGGAGCCGAAGUUUGUAGAUCUUUGGGAAGCUCUGUCGCUGUUAAAAGAUGGUGUUUGGAAUGGGUGGGGAGGAGAUGGAUUUCUUGCAACAACAAGGGAUUCAGAUGAAAAUUGUUCCUGGAAUUCUAAUAGUUCUGUUGAGAACAAGUGGUUGUGA